GAUAGCAUUCGAAGAGAGAAGUACGGUCGCUCGUUCUUUCGCUGCAAGCUCAUCUUGUAAUUCCACCAAAAUGGCUCAAGAAAACCACAACUCAUCCGUAGCCGAGGGAGACACCUUCCUCUUCACAUCUGAAUCCGUAGGAGAGGGACAUCCAGACAAAAUCUGUGAUCAAGUCAGUGAUGCCGUCCUGGAUGCCCAUCUUGCUAUUGACCCCAAUGCAAGGGUCGCGUGUGAAUGUGCCUCAAAGACAGGUAUGAUCAUGGUGUUCGGAGAGGUGACCUCUAACGCCCAUGUAGAUUACCAGACCUGUGUCAGGGAUGCCAUCAAAGCUAUAGGGUAUGAUGAUUCUUCUCAAGGUUUCGACUAUGAUACUUGCAAUGUUCUAGUAGCCAUUGAACAGCAGGCCCGAGAGAUUGCAAACUCAGUUCAUGUCGGAAAGGCUGAGGAUGAUAUAGGUGCUGGUGAUCAGGGAUUGAUGUUCGGUUAUGCCAGUGACGAGACGGAGGAAUGCAUGCCCCUAACAUGUGUCCUAGCUCAUGCUCUUACACAAAAGCUGGCUGAAAUCAGGCAUGGCGGAGAUAGGAGGCUACGUCCCGACUGCAAAUCACAGGUUACCGUCGAGUACAAAAUGGACAGAGGAGCCUGCGUACCCCUGCGCGUCCACACCAUCGUCAUCUCCACUCAGCACUCUGAAGACAUCACCCUCCCGGACCUCCAGAAGCUUCUCAGGGAACAGGUCAUCGACGUGGUCAUCCCCAAGAAGUACCUAGACGAGAACACCGUCUACCAUCUCAACCCCUCGGGUUCUUUCCUCAUCGGUGGCCCCAAGGGCGACGCCGGACUCACCGGCAGGAAGAUCAUCGUCGAUACCUACGGAGGGUGGGGCGCCCAUGGCGGAGGAGCUUUCUCUGGCAAGGACUUCUCUAAGGUGGACAGGUCAGCCGCCUACGCUGCCCGCUGGGUGGCCAAGUCUCUGGUCAAGGCUCAACUGUGCAAGCGUGUCUUAGUCCAGGUUGCAUAUUCCAUCGGUAUCUCAGAGCCUCUCUCCAUCACUGUUUUCCACUACGGCACAUCGGAAUACUCGGAGAAGGAACUCCUGCGUAUCGUGAAGACCAACUUUGACCUCAGGCCUGGUGCAAUUGUCAAGGCUCUUGAUCUGAAGAAACCCAUCUACCGAAAGACCGCUACCUUUGGCCAUUUUGGACGUUCUGAAUUCACUUGGGAACAGCCCAAGAAACUUGUUCUCUGAGCGACGCCACUAAUGGACUCAUUUUUUUUGUCUGUAUUGUCCCAUCAUGGAUCUAGGGAAAUGGGCACUCUUUAAAUGGACUACUUUCUACAGGUGGAAUGUUUAGAACACUAACAAAGCAUGUUGGUGCCUACAACCUGUGGCAGAGACAGAUUUAUAUAUAUAUAUGUAUAUUAUAUUGAAACAAAAAAAAACAAUUGAAAUUUCUAAAAGACAAGACUAUUGUAAUUUGAAAUUUUCCCCUUCUUGAUCCCCUCUUACAAGGAGAAAUAAUUGAGAAUAUUUUUUUAAAGGAAGCAUCUACACGGCAAUGCAUGUAGGCUAAUAUGAAUCAGUAUGGGGUCCUUUUAAUAUUGUGCUCAGUGCCAUUUUGUCUGUGAUCUUUGAAUAUGUUGGUAUAUUUGAGGAAUUUUCUUUUGACCUUGUGAAUGUGUAUCACAUGAUGGGUAGUAUUCCAU